AUGAUUUGUGGGAUAGUCAUAUUUUUUGUGGAGAAAUCAGUGUGCACGUCAGUGAUAAAAGACAUGUAGCUCCAUCUGUGUCUAUAAAAGGGCUAUUCAUUAGACGAUGGUAUGCACAUAUAUGAAAUUAGCACGUGCUUCAUACUAUAUAAAGAAAGAUUCACUAGAAUAAGAACUUCACCUUGUUCUGUAUUUAUGUACAACAUCAGUACUGAAUAGACUACACAAAGGAAAUGAAACCAAUUACUGCUACAGGUUUAGAAGUGAGAAAAGGUUCAUGGACUGCAAAGGAAGAUAUGCUGCUUAAGAAGUGUAUUGAGAAAUACGGGGAAGGGAAAUGGCACCUCAUUCCUCUUAGAGCAGGGUUAAGCAGAUGCAGAAAGAGUUGUAGACUGCGAUGGUUGAAUUAUCUUAGGCCAAAUAUAAAAAGAGGAAAUUUUGGUGAAGAUGAAGUUGAUCUCAUACUCAGGCUUCACAAGCUUUUAGGAAAUAGAUGGUCGUUGAUUGCUGGAAGAAUACCGGGAAGAACGGCUAAUGAUGUGAAGAACUACUGGAACACUAAUCUUAACCCUCGUUCCAAACAACCGAAGAAAGAAUCUAGUGAUGUUAAACCGUUACAACACAUGAUCACAACAACAGUUAUUAAGCCAAAACCACUUGCCUUCUCCAAUACUCAAAACGAGUGCAUGGGUGACAACCCGCAUAUUAUGGCUAAUGGAGGCAGUAGCCUAAUAAGAACAUCAAAUGAUGGUGAUAACAAUAUGAAUAUAUCCAUAGGAGUAACCUCAUCACUUAGCAUACUUGAUGACAAGAGUAACGAGUAUUUAGACGAUUUAUUUGAUGACAUUCAAAAGGAGGAUGGUAAAUUUGGGUGGUUGUUUGGUGGCUCUCCGAUCUCUGAACAGGAAUUAAAUGUUGUUGAGCAAGAAGAUGGCCAAAAUCAGUUGUUCGAAUUUCCAAUGGAUGAUGUUGCGUGGAAGCUAAUUACUGAUUCUAAUCGCAUGUAAUUUUUGAACGUCAUUUUCAGUCAUUUCAAGAAAUAAACCAAAUAAAUAAACUAUAAGUGUAAAGCAUUAUUCACCAAAUGUUACAUGGACAUUUUUAUUCA